AUGUCGGACAUAUUCCGACCACUUUUUAGGUCCGUGGAGGACAAGGUUGCGAACAGACGUGAACAAUUGCGCAAGGCCCAGAGGACCUUUCGCGAACGACGAGACCAAUACCUUCGGGUUUUGGAAAAGUCCGUUAGGCGCUUACAAGCCAACGAAGCGAGGCUGCAAGCUGAAGUCGACCGACUCGAGCGAGAUCUGGCGGCGGCCAACAGCAAACUUGCGCAAUGCGAGGCCGAGUUGCACAAGUCGGCUUCCUUGACUCAUACUGAACACGCCUAUGCGAAUAGAGGCGGCUAUGCGACUGGACUUGGAGGAUUCAACUUCGCAUCUGAGAUGGGCAACUCAGCUCGGCCAGCUUAUCUCUCGUCGCCCAAUGGCUGGAUGGAGAGCGGAGCGGGUGCGUCUGUCAGCAGCAGCUCCUCGAGCACUCUGGUCUGGAUCGAGACGGAGAAUGGCCAGCCUGUCCAGAUGCAUGUCCAGCAGAAGCAAGAAUUUGGCUUCCUGCCGCCCAGUGCUGGAAAAAAUUCAGCCUCACUGGGACGAGAUAGAAGCGCGACGACAGUCCUUGUGGCCCACCUCGACGCUGUGGUUGUUGCCAUGGAGUUUGUGCUCAAACUUGAAUCGCCAUGUCUCCCACACCUCCGCCAGAACGAGGACGAGGACAACGGCGAUACCACCUCGAGCAGUCCUCUCCAUGGCCAUGUCCAUACAGCGUCGGCGGCACUUCUGUGCUGUUAUCCGUCUCCAUCAUCCUCAUCGCCAGCCUCGUCAUCCUUUUUAUCACCACCCAAAUCGACAUCAUAUACAAAUAUCAACAAAUACGCCUCACCACUCUCACCCCCAACUUCGACUCCCUCUCCUUCCUCGUCUACCGCUCUUACGUGGCCCGCCCCAAAAGCGACCCUCGAGCGACUGCUUAACAUCUCGGACGACUUACCCAUCGACCAGGCCUCGGAACUAACGCCAAUCCAAGUAUGGCACUGUGUGCAGCAGUCGCCGGGGUUUUCGUCGUUGAUGGUGCAGGGCUUGAACCAAAUGGCUGAGAGGUUGGUGGCCCACGUCAAGUGUUACGGAUUCGGCGCUGUUGUCAGACGGGACUUUUUGACCAAAUUAUUGUCCGAGAUGUGA